CAAUCUUUGUUUCCAUUAUGGGUCAUGGAAGUAUUGAGAGUAAGCACCACAUUUAGAAAUAAAUAUAAUAGACUGCAGGCUAUUAACCCAAAACGAAUUUUUACUUAUUUAAUGACUGGCGUUAAAUUGUUUUGCGUAAACGAAAUUGAUUCUCCGGUGCACACUUGACUUGCUCCAAUAAAUCAACUGCAAUGCUGAUAAGCUCCUCCGGAAAUUCGCUUUUAUUAUAGAUUUAUGAGCCCAAUUAUGGGGAUUAAUGGGGCUUCAGGUAAUUAGCUCACUGAGAAGACGCAUAGUUUGAAAAAGUGCUCAUCUGCCAGUGCAGCUAAGAAAUUGACUCAACUUUUUUACUCGUGGCUAGUUUUAUUACCUAAUCUCGGUCCGAAUCGCGGGCCUCCCAUGAAUAUUGAUUAAAACUAGUUUGCUCAGCUCUACUCUUGCGUAGCCCCACGUAUUAACCGAUCCGGCUUCGGGUUCUGGUUCCACGAAGUCUUAUCAGCCUCCUCGAUGGGUACGAUUGAUUCACGUGUUGGCGUUUAUAAAACGAUUACAGAUCGACGCAUGAAUGACACUUCAGUGCCACAAGCAGCCCAAGCCACACACGAUUUCUCGGGGCAAUCUGAGCAAAACUGGAACUUGAAACCGAAACCGAUCGAGCGGAACUCACUCGACUCCAGACUGUCUGAGGUGAUUGUGUUUGAGAAGCAAGUGCCGGUGGGUGCAGAAAUUACAAAACACGCUGUGCAGCAUAAACACAACAAAUAAUAGCAAAGUGAAAGUCAUGUCGUCGGCUCUGACAAACCUCUUGCAAUCCCUCCGCAUCGUGCCCUUGGGACACGGCAAGCAGGUCUCCAAAGUAAUGGUCGUGCCCAGCGAGAAAGACAGGCUGAAGGCGGUCGAGGUCCUGCCGGAGAUCACCCUGGAGGAGGUGGCCCAGCACGACAGCUUCGACGACUGCUGGGUGGUGAUCUACGACCGGGUCUACGACGUCACCCACUUCCUGAGGGAGCACCCCGGUGGCGACGACGUUAUCAUGGACCACGCUGGUCGGGACGCCACCAUCGCCUUCCAUGGCACCGGACACUCCCGCGACGCUGUCGAGCAGAUGAAACACUUUCUGAUAGGGGAGCUUCCGGUCCAGCAGCGCAUCUUCCGCACCGGCAAAAACAAGGUUCUGUCCUCGGGCAUUCCGGAAUAGUGUCAGCCGAUCUACCAAUCGAUCGCUUCCGCCGCCGUCCUCUAAUGCAUAUAUAUUCCUAGAGUAUUUGUCGAUUUUGUGUCUAGUUUUAAUCAGCAGCUUAUUUCGCAUUCAGCAAACUGCUUUCGCAUUCGCCCUCAUAAAAUGCCAUUCAGCAAAUCAUCUAUACUAUACUAUCAUGUAAACUACUUUAUAAGACUUGAAACGGAUCUAGAAUUAAAUUAUUGUGUUUUUAUGA